CCGAUAUGAAUGUGGCCGAAAUUAAUCACCUCUGUCUCUCUCUACUUUCGACCGACGCUCAAUCUCAAUCGGCAUGGCCUCCCACCUCCAAAACGACGGCGCUCCUCCGCCCCUCGACCGCCGCCCGCCGCCGUGCGUCCUCCUCCUGCGGCACCCUACUCAGUUCUCCGUCCACAACCGUCCCCUCCCCGACACCUUCCGCUUCCUCAAGCCCUGGGAAUCGCUGCUCCCGCUCGACGACUUCCUCUCCUCCUCCGCCGACGCCCGCGCCGCCGAGGCGAUCCUCACCUCCGGCAAGACGCCGGUCACCGCCGACAUGCUCCGGCGGCUCCCGGGGGUCCGCCUCGUCGUCACCACCAGCGCGGGCCUCAACCACAUCGACGUGGCGGAGUGCCGGCGGCGCGGGAUCGCGAUCGCCAACGCGGGGGACGCGUACUCGGCGGACGUGGCGGAUUUGGCGGUCGGGCUGCUGAUCGACGUGCUGAGGAAGGUCUCGGCCGGCGACCGGUACGUGAGGCGGGGGUCGUGGAGCGGCGAGGGAGAAUUCGAGCUCGGUUCGAAGCUGGGUGGCAAGAGAGUCGGCAUUGUUGGAUUGGGAAGGAUUGGCUUAAAAGUUGCUAAAAGGCUCGAGGCCUUUGGAUGUGCCAUUUCAUAUAACUCUAGGAAGACAAAGCCAAACGUUUCGUACCCCUUCUAUUCCAAUGUCUGUGAACUCGCCACUAACUGCGAUGCCCUCAUAAUGUGUUGCGACCUGAAUGAGCAAACCCAUCACAUGAUCACUAGGGAAGUACUAUUAGCCUUGGGGAAGGAAGGUGUGGUUGUUAACAUUGGGCGUGGAUCAAUUAUAGAUGAAAAGGAAAUGGUGCAACUUCUAGUCCAAGGAGAGCUUGGAGGCGCCGGCUUGGAUGUGUUUGAGAAUGAGCCCAAUGUUCCUGAAGAGCUCCUUGCUCUUGAUAAUGUUGUAUUAUCCCCACACACAGCUGUUUUUACCCCGGAAUCCUUUUCGGAUUUAUGUGAUCUGGUCAUUGAGAACUUGGAAGCUUUCUUUUCAAAUAAGCCGUUGCUUUCCCCUGUGCUAGAUGAGUGAACCGACUGCUCUGCCGUCCGAUUUAUAUUUCAAGUCCUGAGGAAAGGCCCGGUGAGUCUUCUCUACAGAGUUCAUGUGUUCAAGCACAUUUUAUCAAGGGUGGCUCCUGUGGUGGGGGAUCACUUGUCAAGAAAAUGUAGGAGGGUCUGGGUCGGGGAGAGUGAAAGAUUAUGUCAUGGAGUGGAUCGGCGGUGAGAUUAGGAAGGAAAGAUUCAAGGGCGAUUGGGUUUCAUCCCCAAUGUGGUGAAAGACGAGGGGUCGAGCUGGAAGCUCAAGCUGCAGAAGAAGCGGUGGGAAAGGUGGGAAUGGUGGGCCUUAUCAGAUGAGGAGGGAGUGCCGAAGAAGAAAAAGAAGCAGAAGCCGAAGGAGUGGUGGAGGGAGGAGUUCUGUGAUGAGCUCUCCAAGAAGACGAAGAAGAAGUGAGGGCAUUGUUCAAGUGACAGGGGGAAUGUGGUGGCAGCAGAAGGAUAACAACUUGGCGCAGGAGAGGAAGAAGAGGAAGAGUAGGAGUAGUCGAAGGAGCGUCGAUUGGUGGAUGGACGGAUUGUGCGGAGAGCUGAGAAACGGGAGGAGGAUUAGCCAGGAAUGGUCUUGCAUGAGCGCGGGCGACGUAAUACUGGAGCGGUGGUGCUAGUAGCACGCUGAGAGUAUGAGAGGAACUGUUUGCUAUAUUGCCCCCGAGUACAAUGGCGGUGAGCAAUUGUCAGAGAAACACGAUGUGUUUAGCUGUGGCGUCUCGCUUCUGGUCCUCGGCUCGGGGCAGAGGCUGCUGCAAGUGACUGCCUCUCCGAUGGCAAGAGUUUGAGAGGGCGGAUUUAAUUUCUUGGGCAAGGCAAUUGGCUCCAAACAGGAGGCUCUUGGACCUUCUCGACAGCUCCUUACGCUCACCAACAAGGAACAGGCAUUGCUCUGCAUCACCAUUGCCCUCCUCUGCCUACAACGACUUCGCUGGAGAGCAUCCCCACGACCUUCGCCAUGGUCAGUCGCUUCGCAGAACGUACGUGUUCUGACUUUGCAAUUUCCCCUUGGCUUAUGAAAGCGGAAGACUUUUCUUGGGUGUGCCUCUGCGAAAAGGAGAGAGCUUUUGAGGAUAAGCAGAGAGUCGCGCAAAAGUGGGCACAUGCUUUUCUUGGGGUUGCGAUGCUCGGUGCAACAUUGAUGGAGGCCAAUCGAGUAGAUGUUUUGCAAUUAGGAGAGUUGAUUGGGGUGGAGGUGCCUAAUUCUGAAAAAUUGUGAAAGCUAAAAGGAUAGGUUGCGGUUUCCAGAGGGUCGACGCCACACCGCGCCAUGCCAUGGAUCGAUCUGAAAUGACUCGACAUUUCCUUUAUGACCUCGAUGAUGUUCUAAUUAGGACCGCGCUCUUAAUUUUGUGACAUCAUCCAUGCUUGUAGAAUGAAAAUGUGGCAAGUGUCCAUUAAUGAGCAAUAGUGAAACUUUGUCAUUUUCAAUG